CCCAGACGAGCCGCCGCCGCCGCGGAGCAGCGCAGGCAGGCAGGCAGGCAGGAGAGGGGCGUCCAGCACCACCGAGGCGCGCCGCGGCGCCAGCGCGAGCAUGGCUUUCGGGCUCCCGUGCCGCCUCCUGCUGCUCCUCUGGGCGGCCCUCGAAGGGGAGAGCCGGUUCUUCGAGGUGAGAGGCGAGGAGGAGCCGCUCGCGCUGCUCAACGCCGAGCUCAAGAGGGGACUCUCCGAGGGGCAGAUCUACCGCCGGGCGCUGCGGUGCAUUGACAUGUUGAGCAUUGAAGGACGGUUCACCUUCACUGCCGAACAGCCCCAGCUGCAUUGUGCAACCUUCUUCAUAGGAGACCCACAGGAAUUCAUCACACUAGAUUUUGAUUUUGUCAACAUUGACUGUCAAGCUGGUGAUUUUCUGAAGGUGUUUGAUGGCUGGAUACUGAAAGGCGAGAAGUUUCCUAGCUCCUUGGAUCACCCUCUCCCCACCUCCAAAAGAUAUAUAGACUUUUGUGAAGGUGGCGGCAUCAGGAGCACCAUCAGGUCAUCACAGAAUGUUGCAAUGAUCUUCUUCAGGAUUCAUAACCCAGGAAAUGGAUUCACAUUAACAGUAAAGAAAAAGCCCAACCUGUUCCCUUGCAAUGUCAUAUCUCAGACACCAGCUGGAAGGUUUACCAUGAUCAUUCCUCACCAGCACAGAAACUGCAGCUUUUCUAUAAUCUACCCGGUGGUGAUUAAAAUAUCUGAUCUUAUGUUGGGACAUUUGAAUGGCCUCCACCUAAAGAAACCCUCAGCAGGUUGUGGUGGUGUAGGAGAUUUCAUCGAGCUGUUAGGAGGCAAUGGGUUAGAUCCUUCUAAGAUGUCCCCUUUAGCUGAUUUGUGCCAUUCCUUCCAUGGUCCUGCCCAAAUGAAAAUUGGCUGUGACAACACUGUGCUAAGAAUGGUCUCCAGUGGCAAGCAUAUCAAUCGUGUAACAUUUGAGUAUCAUCAACUGGAUCAACAUGAACUGGAAAACAGAAAGGAGAAUAGCCUUGAAGAUUUCUGUCUUUCAAGUGUUUGAGAAGCCAGACAAAUCACUCUUGGUUGUAAUGUUGUGUUAAUUUUGAGCAGUUUAUGAAAACUUUCUAGUGUAUAAACCAUAUCUUUUCAUACUGAGUCAUUAUUUCCAUGAUCAGAGCAGUAUUAAGCCUAGCAUUUGAAAUAUAUUAUCCUCUCUUGUCUUUAAGGGUAUUUCUAGUAUAUCCAAUUCACAUACAUUUGGAUUCCAAAACCAACACUUAUGCAUGUGUACAUCCAAUGAUUCAAAACAAAAGACAAGUGCACACACUAAAUCAGGGUGCAUGUUUUCAGAUAAUGCACAAAGAUUUCAAUCACUGGCAUAACCUUUUGUAAUUAUUUUGAUUCCACAUGCAAAACAAAGAAUUCUAUGAAGCUCACAUAGCAAUUUUCCCUCUUUUGCAUCAUUUCCAAAUCUAAAAAGGUACAGAAAGAAAAAUUACAUUUCAGUUUUAUAAGAGAACAUCCUGUAUCAGUGUGUGCAAAAAUCAAUUGCUUAUUAAUUUAUCAAUACAAAUAUACAAUUAGUUGUUUUUAAUAAAAAUUUAUAGCAUGACAAAGGUUUUCCUUCUGGUCCAGACAUGAAUAAAUUCAAAGUAUUGGCAGAAUCUAA